CCACGUGCUUUUUACCCCCUCCCUCCCGUGCCAGUCGUGCCGGCUAAAAAAAAGAGAGAAAACCAAAAUAAAUAAUUCACGAUAAUAAUUUUAAGUGCUUUUCAAACAUUUAAAUUGCUUUUCAUCUUAUGCAACAAGGGAGACAUAAGUAGGACAGUUUUUUCGAAUGGCUGGACUUCAACUUUUGUCGGAGUAUGGUCUUCGGGUGGACGGAAGGCGCCCCAAUGAGCUCAGGCAGAUUCGGUGCAAACUCGGUGUCUUCGACCAACCCGACGGAAGCGCCUACCUCGAGCAGGGCAACACCAAAGUCCUGGCCGCUGUCUACGGCCCUCACGAGAUUCGAGGAAACAAAUCAAAAACCUUGCACGACAGAGCCUACGUCAAUUGUCAGUACAGCAUGGCCGUCUUCAGCACUGCAGAGAGGAAACGGAGACCGAGAGGAGACAAAAAGUCACAGGAAAUGGAUAUGAAUUUGCAGCAAAUUUUUGAAACUGCAAUCAGGAGUGAGCUGUACCCAAGAUCUCAAAUUGAUAUCUAUCUUGAAGUUCUUCAAGCAGACGGGGGCAACCUGAGUGCGUGCGUGAAUGCAGGUACCCUGGCCCUGAUUGAUGCUGGCAUUCCCUUGAAGGACUACGUCUGCAGCUGCACGUCAACCUUAGCACCCUCUCAGGGUGGAGCGCCUCCCACCCCAAUGGUGGACGUCAAUCACCUGGAGGAGACUCUCGGCGGGCCAGGUCUCAGUGUCAGCACGAUGACCAGACUUGACUCUGUAGUGCACCUCGAGCUCAGCGGUACCAGACUGCACCUUUCGCACAUUGACCCUGUUGCUUCUAAAGCAACAACUGGGUGUGCGGACAUUCAGGCCAUUCUAGACAAAGCCGUCCGAGGUCACGUUGCACAGUCGCUGAUGGCAAGAGAAGCGUCAGGACUCGGUGCUGACACUUAAUUUAAUUUGUGUUUGACAUAAAUUGAUAACGAAAACAAUUUUAUAAGUAUUGAAAUUAAAUGCCAUA